AUGAGCGCUGAAUGCAGCAGUUACUACAGCGCUGACGGCGUGUUUGUGGACGGUUUCUCCUGCCCCAAACCGGGAAGUGCUGCUAUUGCUGUCUACUGUUGCGGAUUCAAUGAUGUAAAGUAUUGCUGUGAUGAUCCCAACAGUUUUUUCCCGUAUGAGUAUGGAUACAUGUGGUGGCUGAGUAUUGGCGCUCUUGUUGGUCUCUCCAUUGCAGCGGUGGUCCUUCUUGCCUUCCUCAUCACCGUAUGUGUGCUUUGCUACCUCUUCAUUGCCACCAAACCCAGUCGUCUUGACAACGGCCUGCCUCUCAGAGUGCCAGCAGGAGAUCCCCGUGAGGGAUCCAGUCAUGCAAGAGCUACCGGUGCCUCUGGUCCACAGGGAUUCAGAAAGCAUUUCAUGAGCAGCAAGCUGCACUGUGAUAAUCAGCCACCAGACCCAGAGCGUCUGUUCCAGAGGUGCUUCACUGCGACUGUCACUGGUGUAAAGGUAGAAAGUCCCUCAUAG